CUCUUAGAGACUUUGAAGUUUGUUACUGAAAAAAAUUAUACAGUACUAUCCCGUUUAGCUAGAACACUUGAGCAUUAUAGGAAAAUAGUUUGGCACAGUGUUUGUGUUGAGUACAAAUGAAUGGAUGAAAAACAGGAGAGAAAGUGUGAUGCUCAGAAUAUUAAACUGCAAAGCAUUCUCUGAUUGGUUGAUGGAAACUACUUACUCUCAAUAUAAACGGACAAGAGCAUCCUCUUCUUAUAACUGUCACAAAGAAAGCAGCUGGGGAAACAGAGAAAACAAAAUCUCUCAAACAGUUGCUUGAAAACCUAAAAUGGAUGCCACAGAAUUUCGAAAAAGAGGAAAAGAGAUGGUGGAUUACAUUGCAGAUUACAUUGAGAAGAUAGAGGAGCGACAGGUCUAUCCUGAUGUAGAGCCAGGUUACUUAAGAGCCCUCAUUCCAGAGUUUGCACCUGAAACACCUGAGAGAUUUGAAGACAUCCUUAAAGAUGUUGAAAGGAUAAUUAUGCCUGGGGUGACUCAUUGGCACAGUCCCUACUUCUUUGCCUAUUUCCCUACUGCCAAUUCUUUCCCGGCUCUUUUGGGUGAUAUGUUAUCUGGGGGCAUAGGAUGCAUUGGAUUUUCCUGGGCAUCAAGCCCAGCUUGUACUGAAUUGGAAGCAGUCAUGCUGGAUUGGCUAGGAAAGAUGAUCAAUUUGCCUCCACAAUUUCUGGCUGGGAAAGAUGGAGAAGGAGGUGGGGUAAUCCAGGGAACUGCCAGUGAAGCUACUUUGGUUGCCAUGCUGGCAGCUCGAACCAAAGCAAUCCAUCGUAUUCAGUUAGACAAUGAAAAUCUGACUCAGGGAGAAAUUAUUGGCCGACUGGUAGCUUAUACUUCUGAUCAAGCUCAUUCAUCAGUUGAAAAGGAUGUCUUGAUUGCUGGAGUGAAAAUUAAACAAGUUCCCACAGAUAACUCAUUUUCUGUCCGUGGGUCAACUCUAAGAAAAGUUAUAGAUGCAGAUAAAGCUGCCGGUCUUAUCCCAUUCUUUUUGUGUGCAACUCUUGGAACUACAACAUGCUGCUCCUUUGACAAUCUGCUAGAACUGGGUCCCAUUUGUAAUGAGGAGAAUAUUUGGAUGCAUAUAGAUGCAGCCUAUGCUGGGAGUGCUUUCAUCUGCCCUGAAUUUCGUUACCUUCUCAAUGGAGCAGAGUAUGCAGAUUCAUUCAACUUUAAUCCUCAUAAGUGGCUCCUGGUCAACUUUGAUUGUUCAACUAUGUGGGUGAAGAAGAGAUCGGAUUUAACAUGUGCCUUUAAAAUAGAUCCUGUUUACUUGAAGCAUGAUCAUGAUGAAUCUGGAUGCAUUACAGAUUAUAGGCACUGGCAGAUUCCUUUAGGUAGAAGAUUCCGUUCUUUGAAAAUGUGGUUUGUAUUCCGAAUGUAUGGUGUCAGUGGAUUACAAGAAUACAUCCGCAAGCAUGUUAGGAUAGCACAUGAAUUUAAGGACAUGGUGCUAGAAGAUGAUCGAUUUGAAAUUUGUGCUGAUGUCAUACUGGGGUUGGUAUGCUUCCGAUUAAAGGGCAGCAAUGAACUUAAUGAAGUGCUUCUUAAAAACAUAAAUGAUGCUAGGAAGAUUCAUCUUGUGCCAUGUCAUCUGAGAGGAAAAUUUGUGCUGCGUUUUGCAAUUUGUGCCCGCACAGUGGAAUCUUCCCAUAUCCAGUUUGCCUGGAAGCACAUCACAACUAUGGCAAGUGUACUUCUGAAAACACAAAAACAGAGUACUGAAUAAAAGACAAAAGGCUGGAUUCAAUUCCAAAUGUAAAGGAUAACAUAAAUUCUGUCUUGUCUGAUACUUGUCUGUCACUACCAGGAACAUACAGUGCUGUAAUUAGAUUGAGUGGGCUUAUAGAUAAAAGUGUAAUACUGAUAAUCUUCAUUUAAUGAUCACUUGUUCAGUGACCAUUUGAAUUUGUGAUAGCAUGCACUGAAUAGUAGUUAUGAGUGAUCCUUAUUUUUAUGCCUGUCACAGUAUCUUGUGCUCAUGUGAUUGCUGUUUGCAAUCUUAUUUGCCUGCUUCUGACAAUCAAAGUCCAUUGAGAAGUCAGCAGGAUGUUGCAAAUGGUGACACAUGACAUCCUUGCUUAACAAUCUGUAGUUAUUUUCAUAGGAACCAGAGCAUCAGAAACACUAUUGCUAAGUGGCACGGUUAUGUGACAUCAAGCUUUAUGACAAUGCUGCUUAGUAACAAGUUCCAAUUAUUGUUGUUAAGGGAGGGUUACCAAUAAUGGCUAUUGCUGUUCAGAGGCCAAAUGCCAAAAACCUUAUCAUUGUCCCAAUAAUUACGAACUGACUGUAAGCCCUGACAAUUAUGAUCUUCUCCUGUUUGGCCCCAACAUCUUCUAGGUCAUAGCUAUUGGCAGAAUAUAAAAGUGAAUCAACCUGCCUGCAAUAAUCUGUCUUUUUAUGCCAGUGAUGAUGCCUUGUAGCAGAUGAUACCAAAUCAUAAAGAUCAGAACUAUCAGAUAAAUGUUUGCUCUGCUAGAAGACUCUGUUGUCACAGUGCAGCAAAUUAAAAAAAUGAUAUUUGGAGGGAUGGUAGACAGUGCCAUGGCUUCUUUUCUGAUAACAUUCACCUUACCUCUGGCAUUGCAAUUUUCAUCUCAGCCUUUAAAUAUUUUCAUUUCUAGCAUUCCUUUUUUUCCUUUUUGAUAAAGAAAGGGGGUUUUCUGAGAAAAAAUGAGCUUUAUUGCUACCUCUUCAUAACUUUAGUUAUUUAAACAAAUGGGCUUUUAAUGAACUGAAAUUAUUUGAAGACAAAUUUAAUUUUUUAAAAUUAAGAAUCUGUUGGUCAAACAAAUGAUAAUUGGGGUAAAAUUAUGUAAUCUUGCCCAACCAUGCUUUCUCUUGUUAUAGGUUUGCAAGUGUGGAGAAUUAUUGAUGAUAUGUUAAAAAAAUGACAAAUAUAUUGAUAACUCAUUUAGUCACUUCAAACUGGUCUAUAAGAAUAAUAAAUAAAUAAACUCAAAUCUAGUCACAUGAUUCUAAAUGAAUUACAAUACUGUUCCAAGUUAAUGUUUCUGUGUAAUUUUGUUGAAGUAAUUGUGCCUUGCAUUAUAUCUACUAUGUGACAGAUCCUGAUUUACAAUUUCUACUGUUAUAUAAUCAAAUGUUCUAGAAUGUAUUUUUUUCUAUAUAAUGCUUAUUUAUUUAUGCCUCUAGAAUGUUUCCACUGAAUGGGAUCUUAGGGCUUGCUUGAUCCUAUAAAGCAAUGAUGUGAAAUUCAAAUACAAUAUUAAUUUAGAA